UCUUCUCUUCUCCCUUCUCUCUCUCUCUCCCUCUGUCAUUCCUUGUACCGCUCGGCCCAUCUCUGGAUCGCGAGGGAGCAGAGCUGAAGGAGUCCCCGGCUGUGCGAGUCAGACUCAAAGUGGAACUGCAAUGGAAUGCUUCAACAGCAUGCUCCUCAAACUGCGAGAGAUCCACGAGCGAGAAGUGGAGGGGUGGCAGGGGAAAAUCCAAGAGCUGGCCAACAAGAAAGGCUGUGAUACAAAGCGAAUGGAGGACCUGUUUUCCAAAAACCAGCAGAUGAAAGAACAGCAGAGAGUGCUCACCGAGAACAUCAAGACCUUGGAAAACAGGCUGAGGGCGGGGCUUUGUGACAGAUGCACGGUGACUCAGGAGGUAGCCAAGAGGAGACAGCAGGAAUUUGAGUCUUCGCAGAUACAGAGCAUCCAGCACAUCACUCUACUGGCGGGAGAGAUGAACAACCUGAAAAAGGAGAACAAGCAACUUAGAGAGGAGCUCCAGAGUAUCAGAGCAGCACUCGACAAAUGCUCCAGCAGCAGCAGCAGCACCACAGAGGUCAAACCAAACAGCUCCCCUGGCCUUUCACCCUCAUCUGGACCUGUGGUCCUCGUCUCUGAGGCCACCAGCAGGGCCAGUAACCAGCCAGCAGAUGGCAAUGUUGCAGCGAACAAUGAGACGGACCAAAGAGCUGAAGAAAGUGAACAGAGGCGAUUGAGAGGGAUGAACAGAAGCUACUUUGAGUCAUACAAGCCUCUCUCCUGGAGGACGGAACAUGGCAUAGCCCGUCUUGGAGAGAGGAGAGCCCAGAGUGUUGAAGGACUGGACCAGCGAUGCACCAAACCUCCUCAAGCGCUCCUUCUUAAGACCUCUUCUUCCUCGACUGGUGGAGAAGUGAACCCCAGCAGACAUGUGCUCCAUGCUCCUGUCCCCUGCCGUCCUCAGCCAAUCAAGAGGAGCCCUGUUAGUUUCCCCUGGCCCAUAUCUGAAUCCUCAGACUGGGUUACCGCGGGUGCUCCUGGGACCAGCCUGGUGCAAUCGUCUCCCAAGUCAAACCUGCCACGCUUUCCCAACCUGAUCCCAACUAGCCAACACGCCAGCCCUCUAAGGCAAGCUUUUGGAUCUCCUUGGCACAAGCCGAGCGCCCUUCAGCCCCAUGCCAAAGAACCAACUGUGGUGUUCAGGUUGAGAAGUCUGCAAGAGCAUGUCGAGACUCAAACUAAGCCCCAAGAGAAAAAGGAAAUUCUGCCUACCAAAACCGAAAGGGUCUCUGCAGAAGGUCUAAGAGAGGUGUACGACGCGCCUCUGGACCUAUCGGAUCGAGCAAAGUCCAAAUCCAGCCAAUGGGCAAGAGAUGAUUCACCCUCAUCCUUACAUGGUGGAGAGAGAGUACACAUGAGUCCUGACAUAGAUGGGAAGGCACAUCUAUCUUCACCUGAAGCAGUAUCAUCCCCUCCCUCGUGCUCCUGGACUUCUUGCCCACCAGUAAAACUAGAACAGGAAGAGUCUACCAGUGACGAUAACCACAAGAUAAUCAAAGAGCAGGAGCAGAAAGAGGAGGGGAACGGAAAGACCGACCAAAGCAACGGGAAGAAGGUGCCCGUCCUCACCAUAUCAUUACGUCCAGUUGUGGUGCUGGAGAACCUGAAUUCUGCUCUACAAGAAUCCUUAUCAUCAAAUGGCAAGACGCCGUCACCAGCAACCGAGCCAGUAAGCAGCUCAGAUGAGCACGGCGAGGAGGGGAGCGUGUCAGGACCAGAAAGCAACCACGGCGGCAAGAGGAAGAGGGCAUCUGUGGAGACGGAAACCGACAGAGACUCGGAAACAGACCACAUCCAGCGGGAGAGGAAGAUGAAGAUCACAGUGAGAACUGAGGAGAAGAGCACUUGCUAAAGAGCACGAUACAACAGUGACUCACAGUGUUGUGUCCAGCAAACGCAGAGCAAAAUGUGGAUUAAUUUGGAGUUUUUGUGUCCACCUGACAAAUCCAACAUUUACUUCAUGCCAUUUACAUGGACAUUAAUAUUCAAUUAAGAUUCAGGAUAUUCAAAUAGUCAUUUUAUGAGCAGGAACAUUUGACAUCUCAUACCAUAUAGUGUUUGCAAUAAAUGGUAUAUGUCCAAUUCCUGCUGACAUACAUCUCAAUGUGCUACUUUGGACAUUCCAAAAGGAACCAGUGUUUUAAUGCCAACAUCUAUUUGUUAUUGAGGUUUUUUUUUAACAACACAAAUUCCAUUUCCAUGAAGGCGCUAAAUCAAAAAUAACAAUGAUGAAAAGGAUACUCUCUUUAGACUCUCUCCAUCUGGAUAAAACAUUUAAAAGCAAAUAUGAAUAUGCAUUUAAGCAUCCUGUUCAGCAGCGUAAAGGUGGAGAACUGAGACACAGUCAUGCUUAAAAACACAGACUUUUGUAACAGUACACAUGGUACAACUCACACUGGUAUUACUGUCACUGCAUCUAUUUCUGACACAGAGCCUCCCCUCAACC